AAGCUUAUUUAUGCCAGAGCAGACUCCGAUAUUAUGGACUUCCAGUUAUGGCUCUCCACAAAGUGAUCUGUGCGGCAACCCUGCUGACUUUCUUCAAUCAAGAGUGUCUCGGACAGCUUGAUGUGUGUGGGAAACCGCCACUCAACAACAGGAUUGUUGGAGGACAGGUGGCUCCUCAAGGCAGCUGGCCAUGGCAGGUCAGUCUGCACCGAUCUGGGUUUCACUUCUGUGGAGGGUCCCUCAUUAACAACCAGUGGGUGAUGUCUGCUGCUCACUGCUUCCAACGCACUGCUGCCAGCAGUCUGCUGGUGUAUCUGGGCCGACAGAGUCAGGAGGGAACCAACUCCAACGAAGUGUCCAGGUCGGUAAUGGAAAUCAUUGUCCACCCUGACUACAACGCUACUACUAGUGACAACGACAUCGCACUCCUGAAACUGUCCUCAACUGUGACUUUCACCAACUUCAUCCUGCCCGUGUGCCUGGCGGCCCCGGGCAGCACCUUCUUCAGCGGCAUCGACGCCUGGGUUACCGGCUGGGGCACCAUUGGAAGUGGAGUGCCCCUUCCUUCCCCACAAAACCUUAUGGAGGUGGAGGUGCCAAUAGUGGGCAACAGAAGAUGUAACUGUAACUAUGGAGUGGGUAGUAUCACAGACAACAUGAUCUGCGCCGGGUUAGAGGCUGGAGGAAGGGACUCCUGUCAGGGGGAUUCAGGAGGUCCGCUGGUGAGCAAGCAGAACGGCGUCUGGAUCUUAGAGGGGGUUGUAAGUUUUGGAGCUGGAUGUGCUCUGCCUAAUUUUCCAGGAGUAUACACCCGAGUGUCCCAGUACCAGUUGUGGAUCAACAGUCACAUCAACAGCAACCAGCCGGGCUACAUCGUCUUCACAUCCACUGGGACUAACAGUGACCUGAGUGUCACCUGUCCUGGCCUGCCACCAGCACCAACCACUAUCCCUCCCGUAGCCCCUGUGGUUUGUGGUCAAGCUUCAUUGAAUUCUCGUAUAAUGGGAGGUAGCUCAGUCACACAGGCUGGUGUGUGGCCGUGGAUGGCGAGCCUGCAGAAGAAUGGAAGCCAUGUGUGUGGUGGGACUUUGGUUGCCUUGGAUUUUGUGUUGAGCAACGCCAACUGCUUCUCAAGUUCCCCCACGCCAUCUGAAUGGACGGUCGUUUUGGGUCGUUUGAGACAGAAUGGAGCCAACUCUUUUGAGGUGACACUGAAUGUGACAAAUAUCACCCUGAGCAACCUCAGUGGGUCAAAUGUAGCAGUGCUGCAACUGUCAACCAAACCCACCCUGUCAGUCUAUAUCCAGCCCAUCUGUCUGGACAACGGACAGACCUUCUCAGAGGGCUCAACCUGCUGGGCUGCCGGCUGGAGCUCUGGCCGUGGUGGGGAGGAACAAGUUCUGCAGGAAUUACAGACCUCAAUCGUGAAUUGUGGAAACGUCAUCAAGUGACACGAUUUGUACAGCAUCACUCACACUGGAGCAGGGGGAUUCUGGCGGUCCUCUCAUGUGUAAGCUGGAUGGGUCCUGGUUCCAGGCGUCCGUGUUAUCGUUUGAAAAUAACUCAAGCACCCGAGGUCGAGUAGCGAAAGCAGAUCUAACGGUCUUUACCAAACUGAGCUCCUUUCAGGCAUUCUUGACAUCGACGAUAGGAACGUUCUUAUCUCCAGCUUCCAACGGUGUGGAUUGCCCCGCUCACUCGUCCCUCUUCGUCCUUUUGCAUCUCCUUGUCUUAUCAGUGUAUCUCCAACUCUUUGCAUAGAAACCUCCCACUUGUAAAAGGGAUUUACAUGAUGUGACUCGCACAGAUGAAUGUAAGCAAACUUGAAUUUGAGAGACAUUUGUUAGCAUAAAACUGCAUGACGUUUUUUUUGUAUGUACCUAUGUGAUUGGUUCAAAGCUAAUGUUCGGUUUAAUGUUUGCCAAAGGUAAAUGGCAGGGGCAAACUGAGGAAGUUAAAACUAUAUUAUUAUUUCAUUAUCUAGAAAAAUCUGUGUUUCUGUGUUGAGGGAGAUUUAAAGUCAUCUUUGAAUUACUAUAGUUUUAAAUAUGAAUUUCAUCUUGACUGUAUAUCAGAAGUUAGCAUGUUUUGAAGCCGGGGGUCUUAGAACGCCAUUUUGGUGGUUUUUGGAGAGUGACAAUAGGAAAAACAGUUUGAGUCUGAGAGGACUGAGUGGUUAGCAAAUGCUAAGCUAUCAGGUUAGCUUGGAUGGCUUAAAGAUGUAAAUCACAGAAGAUAUAAGUGACUAAAAUAUAUUCUGGGUUCAUGAGAAAUUAGAACAAAAUGUAUUUGACAAUGACAUGAACAGCAGACUCUUCAGGGGUUCUUCGUGCAGUAAGAACAUUACUGCACUGGUUGUCAUGGUGAUUACUUAAUCAUAAUUUAGCAAUGCCCUAAAAAUACCCUGUUCCAAGUUCUUUUUAAUCCAAACAGCACCAUUAUUUAAAUGAACAUCAUGAUAUGUUGAAGAAGACCUGAAACUCUGAUAAUGAAACCAGGAGCUCAUCAGGAAAAUGUUUACUAUAGCCGUACAUUUAUGAAGAAUUUUUUUUCUCACAUAUAUUUUGUUUACAAAUGGGCUUGGAGUCACUCCCUGCUGGACUUCUGCAAAGGCGUAAUUCUGCUUUAAGACUUAAGUUCACUUCUUAUAUAUAGAAGAUGGAAAGCACUUCAGGAAAGCACUUCUACUACUUAUAGUACUACUUUAUUUCUCUAUAGCCUGCGAGAAAACGUGAUUCAUCCUGGUCACUGUUCUCACUGGCUUGACUUUCUUUUGUUUCUAGAGAGGAGAUUAUCGGUGCUGGCUUCUCUGAGUCUUGAGCAUCAGGGGUAAAAUGAAGAACUCUUAAAGCUGCACUGAACAAAUGUUUUCAUACAUAGUUAGGCGCUACAGGGAUCAUAAGAAGAUAACAUGUGAAAUCUAUAUUUUUUUACUGGUUAAUUGUUAAAUAGGAAGUGUCUUUCUUCGACAAAUGAGUGAAAAGGUUAUUUUGAAGGAACACAUCAUCUACCUCAUCGUGACAGAGAGGUGCUGUACUAAAAUGUCUAUUUCUAUCAGAAAUGAAUCAGCACUUGUGUGAAAACGGUGAAAGUUACUUGAGGUGCACUUUACUUUUUUGAAAUCUAAACUUCAGCUACUGAUUUUCCAUGAAAAACAAUUGUAAUGUGGAUGUGACAGUACUGUACAAAUGAAUUUAAUAAACUGCUUGUAUAUUAUGUGAAAAUUC